UGACGUGUUAGAACGUAAAAUACUUUAUGUUAAAGGUUCUAUAGAAAAAGUUAUUAAUACUUUAUGAUUUUUUGAUACUAAUCUAUUAACAAUUAUUUACAAUUAUUAAUGUUUUAUCUUCUACAUAUACUUAAUAAUGUCGUUAAAUGUUUGAUAAUAUCGAAACAUAACAAAUUAUAAAUAAAUUUAUAAAUAAUGAUUGAAUCUGACCAAAGUGACAAAGAAACACAGGAUGAAAUACCAUCUUCAAAAAUUUCUGAUAAUCCUGUAGAUACAACUGAACUUAGGCAGAAAAGGUUACGCGAAGAAACCUCAGAGGAGGAAAAAUUAGAUUUACCUUCUAAGAAAUUAUGUACAUCUAUUGAUGAAAAAAUAUCUGAAAAUAUUUCAGAAGCAAAUGGUACUGCUGAAGAAGUAAAAGAAAAUUCAAAGAAUAUAAAUAUUGAUGAUAAGAAGGACAAAAUUAACUUAGUUUCGGAUGAAAAUAAAAAUGAAUCUGCAAAAGAAUCACAUGUUGGAGUAUCUGAUAUUAAAAAUAAUGAAAUAUCAAUUACUAAUGAUAUUGCAAAUAAAAAAGAAAAUGAGUCUAAUAUUUUAACAGAUAUAAAGCAACAGGGAAACAUACACUUAGAAACUAUAUCAAAUUUUAAUACAAAUAAUGCAAUAAUAGAAGAAAAGACAGAAGUGGAAGAAGAAAAUAAUGUUAAAUCAAAAAAGAAAAAUAAAAGAUUCCAAAUUGAAGAUGCUGAAGUAGUGGAAGGUUUGGAACUUUCUGUAGAGUGUGCUAGUGAUAAAGAAUCUUCAAGUUCUUCUGAAAGUGAAAGUGGAAAAGAUAAACAACUUAAGCCAAAAACCAUAAUUGUAAAAGCAAAACCUAAUGAUUCAGAACUUGAUGUUAGUUCUUCUGAAGCAGAUAAAUCAGAUUCACAAGAGACAUUUGAAAUUAAACCUAAACAAACUGGAAAGAAAGAGAAAAAAAGAGGUAGGACUUCUUUCAGCAAAACAAAAAAUACUGACUCUGAAGAAAAUAAUGAUGAUAUUUCCGAUGAAGAUUAUAGUCCAAAAACUAAGAAGAAACUCAAGAAAGCAGGAGCAAAUAAAAAAUUUACAAAAUCAGCCACAGAAUCAAAAAAGGGGGGAGGUAGAGCAAGAAAGAAAGUUAAGAAACCCGUUGAAGAUAUGGAUGGUGAAGAUGAAAAUUCUAAUAUAACAGAGGAUCUAAAGUCAGAAGAGAAUACAUUUGAUAGAAAAUCUGUGAAAAGCAAAAGUGAAAAUGAAAGUGACAGUGAAGAUGAUUCUCAAAAUGAAAAAAGUAAAACCAAAAAACCUGAAGAUAACAGAAGAAUACAAUUGUUAAAAAAAUAUAUUAGACUUGCUGGAAUACAUGUAAAAUCUUAUAAUGAUCUUUGGACUAAUUGUAAAUCAAAUACUGCUAAAGUAAGAUGUCUUAGAGAGUUAUUAGCAAAAAAUGGAAUUAAUGGCAGACCAACCGUAGAAAAAUGUAAAAAAGCCAAAGAAAAAAAUGAAAGCCUUAAGGAUGUUGCUGAGUUAAAUACUAGCAAUAUUAUUUCAGAAGGACGUGUUACACGUGCUCAGAGAAAUAAGGAAUCAACAAAAACACCAGAAACGCCUACAAAACAUCGUGAAGCACGCAGUUCAUUUAAAAGAGUUUUAACCGUUGUUGACAGUGAUUCAGAAUGAAGUAUUAUGAACUUUUAACCCUUUAACCUACGACGUCGAGUUACUCGUGGUACGUCCUUCGUGCUACAUGUGACAAACAUUUCUUUUUCUUGGCCGCAUUCAGACGUGUAGGUAUAUUUUUUUGAAAAAUAUUAGAAAGAUAUCCUUAAAAAUCGUGUCCACGAUCAAUUGGUAGUAAUAAUUUAUCAAAUAUCUUGUAACAUAAACUUCGAACGCUCGGACAGAUCGUGAAAGGGCUCGACGUCUGACCGACCCUGCCGAUGGUUACAGUACGCAUUGUUGGAACUUAAAUUGUAGGGCAAAGGGUUAAAGAAAUUUGUAAAACAUCAAUAUUAUUUGUUUACUUACCUUCUGUGGUAAGUAUAUAUGUCAUAUUUAUUUUCUUAAAAAGAAAAA